CACACGCAAUUCGAGCGGAAAGCGCAAACAGAAUCUAAAGAAAGUGAACGGUGUGCAAUAAAUUAUAACGAAACAAUUUAAAUUAAGCAAGCAGUAUAAAUAUGAAAUGCAUAAAAAGGCGCAGCUUGCCACUUUGUUGGCUGCUGCUGUUGCAAUUGAGCCACACGCGCAGUCAAAACAGCAGUCUGCGCGUCAACACGCAUCUCAAGGAAAUCGAAGCGAUGCCUUCAAUACAAGCUGCGGGCAAUAUUUGCACACGCGAGGAACCCUAUGUCGAGCACCUGGAGAUACCCGAGAUACAGCCCGUGCGUGUGCGCACCACCAGCUGGUGCCUGGAGAUACCGCCGCGCUGCGCCUCCUACAAGACGGAAAUGCGCGAGGUGAUGCGCGUGCAGAAAUUGAAUAAAACGCGCUUGGUGCGUUUUUGCUGCCAAGGCUAUGAGGGGAAUCUGUCGGAUAGCCAGGCCAGCUGCAAGCCCAUUUGCCGUGGCGGCUGUGGGCGUGGCAGCUGCUUAACACCAGACAACUGUAGCUGCGAAGAGGGCUACACGGGCAAGCACUGCACACAGCGCUGCGAUCACGACCGUUGGGGCUUGGACUGCAAAAAUGUUUGCCAGUGUCAAAACGACGCUGUCUGCGAUAAUAAGACAGGCAAUUGUCACUGCAUUGCUGGCUGGGCGGGACAAUUCUGUGAACAGCCUUGUCCGCCGGGCACGCACGGCGUAAUGUGCCGCAAGGGCUGCCAAUGCUCGAACAAGCUUUGUCAUCCCCAAACGGGCGACUGCAUUGCCCAGGAGCAUGCGGGCGCCUUGAAUGUCAGCCACGUGGUGCUGGCGACCAUAAACUCGACGAUGGCGAAUCUAACGCAUAAUAUCAACAGCAUUGCCCGGAGGAUUGGCAGCAUGAGCGAGGUGAGCCAUGAGGCGGUGACGCCUAGUGCAUUGCCCGAGGUUAUAGUGAUCAAGCAGCCGCUGCAGGAGGCGACGCAUACGCCCAAGAUUAUAGUGCACCAGUCGGGCAAUGCGCUGCUGGAGAAUCUGCACUCGGCUGCGGGCUCGCCGGACGUCAUACACGUGAUCACAAAUGCGGCGGCGGGUACAGCGCAGGAUGCAACACCGCAGCUCAAUUUGGCGGGCUUUGCUGCUGGCGAGACGAAUCUGCGAGCGAAUCAGGAGAGCAGUUUGCUCAGCACUUUGGUCAUCAUACUGCUGGUGCUUAUGAUUGCGCUUACUGUGGGCUUUCUCUAUGUCUAUCGACGCUAUCAUUUGCACAAGGACGCAGUUGUCUAUAGCGCCAAUGGGCAUAUUUCGCAUCAAGCCGCUGCCGGCAAUCCGGAGGUGGUGCUGACCGAGUCCGCCAAUGUGGGCAAAAUCUUUCACGAGCCGCUGCCCAAGCCGCCAGCCAAGCAUGCUCAAACAAUUGAGGUGCCAACGGAUUUGUAUGACACGCCCAGCAACAACUCCUCGAUCAAGACGCCACCUUACGCCUAUGCCAGAAAGGAAUCAAUGUACUCCAUAGCCUUGCCCAAGUCGCGCAAAGGCAGCCUCGACUCGCAUCUGUACGACGAGAUUCGCUACCACCAGCAGCAGCAACAUCAUCAGCAUCAUCAUCAUCAUCAACAGCAGUUACACCAUUCUCAUCAUCAUCAGCAGCAGCAGCAGCAGCCGCAGCAGCAACGUUAUCAGCACUCGACCACAGCUGCCGCCUACUUGCCGCCUGCAUCGUCCAAUGCAACGCAUCAUCAUGGCAAUGGUCAUCCCAGCCCCCAUGUCUCCGCCAGCUCACACGUCACCCACCUAAUCAUUCCACCGCAAAACAAAAACUUCCUGCAGGUGCCCACUCAAAUCACUACUCAAAAGAUUGCUCACUUUUUAAAUUACGCAAAGAAAGAACAACAACAAAUAGUGUCGAAUAAUUCUUGUGGCGCAUUCAAUUUAAAUGAUGAUAUCAAAAGUGUUGCUGCUGAUAAGGCGCUGAUUGGGCGGCAGCAACCAACGCAGCUUGCUCAUUCGUUGGACGUAACUGUAGGCGACAACAUGCACGUCAGCAAUCGGCGACUCACAGCAACAAUUGCGGGCAGAGCGCCGCUGCUGCUGCUGCUAGUUAUAGCUGCAGCUGCUGGCAGCGAACUCUACGGCGACAUUCUCUCACCCAACGACUUUGAGUCGCUGAGUCAGACGCGCCAGCAGCAGCAGCAACAUCUCUGCCAGCGCGAACUGCCCGCUGUCUUCUUCCAGACGCACAAGCAUCAGCCGGUGCGUGGCAAUGGCUCCUCCAUCUACUAUCACCGCAUCGAGCAGUGCUGCGAGGGCUAUCGCGCCAUCAAUGGCGAAUGCAUAGCGGACUGCUCGCAAAGCUCACCGGACAAUUGUCGCAAUGGAUUCUGUCGUGCUCCGGGACGCUGCGAGUGCUUCCAGGAGUUUGUGCGCAACGAGCAGGGCGCCUGCAUUCACAGCUGUCCCAUUGCCUGUCAGCAUGGACGCUGCUAUCUGAACGGCACCUGCGCCUGUGAUCUCGGCUAUGCGCUGGACGCUGAGACGCGCGCAUUUUGUCGCGCCUUGUGCCCCAAGGGCUGUGGCACACACGAGCAGUGCGUGGCGCCUGGCAAAUGCGACUGCGCGCCUGGCUAUCGACGCACCCAGGAGCUGGGCUGCCAGCCCAUCUGCGCUCCAGACUGUGGCUACGGCAAGUGUGUGGCGCCCAAUCAGUGCGAAUGCUUUCCGGGCUACAUCAAAAGACCGCAGCGCAAUGUCUGCGAAGCCGAAUGCUAUAUCAACUGUGAGAACGGCAUAUGCGAAUCGCUUUACAAGUGCCACUGCCGCGAGGGCUAUCGCUAUGACUUGAACAGCACAAGCUGCUUGCCCGUCUGUGCGGACGAUUGUGGCCAAGGCAAUGGCGUUUGCAUUACGCCCGGCGUCUGUCGCUGCUUUGAGGGCUACGAGCUGCGCGGCAACAGCUGCGAGCCCAAGUGUGACAACUCAUGUGGCCGCUAUGGCAAGUGCAUAGCUCCGAACAUCUGUGGCUGCAUGCCGGAUGAGCAACACUGUCUAGCAGGCAGCUGCGAUGCCAGCGGCCACUGUCAGUGCAACAUGGGGCAGCUGCACUUUAUCGAUCGCUGCCUGCAGCCGCAGCAGCUGGUGGAGCAGCUCAGCAGUCGCCAGGCGAGGCAGCACUUUAAUCAACAAUUGCAGUACGAGUUCAAUGCGCUAAUUGGGCAUUUGUUUAAUUAUAUUUGAAGUACAGUGUGAAGUGUUG